AUGAGCUCCAACAAUAGUGACAAAACUUCAGCUUUACACUUCCUGGAGGAAUUCCAAAAGACCCCAGAGGCAUGGCAGGUGGUCCAUACAAUAUUGGGCGAUGGCCAGUACACUGUGGAAAUGAAGAUGUUUGCUGCUCAGACACUAAGAAACAAGUUGACAUAUGAUUUGCAUCAAGUUCCUGAAGAUUCUCUCUCGGGGUUGAAAGAUUCAAUCAUUCAAUUCUUGAUCCAAUAUAGUGAAAGUAAUAAACCUAUCAGAACACAACUAUCAAUUGCCCUUGCUAAGUUAUCAAUCCAAUAUUUGACUUGGCCUAAUGCAGUUGAUGAAAUCUCAUCAAAACUAUCACAACACAUUCCAACAUUAUUAGAAUUCUUGAAAAUUCUCCCUGAGGAAUCAUUGGAUCCAAAAGGUACCCCAUUAACUGAUGAAGAAUUCAGAUUGAGAACUGAAGAAUUAAUCAUCAACAAUGUCGAAAGAGUCUUGUUGCUCUUGUCAAAUUAUGCAUCUAGUACAUCUGAUUCCAAGGCUAGCUCACUUAUAUUGGAUUGUUUGAAUUCGUGGAUUAGAGAGAUCCCUGUUGAACAACUAUUAACAAUUGAUCCUUUAACCACCAUUAUUUUCCAAUCUUUGCGUGAUGAAGAAUCAUUUGAUAAAGCUAUUGAAUGUCUGGUUUCCAUUGUUAGAGAAACAAGAGAUAUUGAAAACAUUCAAUUGAUCCAAGCAUUAUUUGAACAAAUUAUCCAACUAAGACCAUUAUUACAACAGAAUGUUGAUGAUGUUGAUGUCUUUGGAAGUUUGACAAGAUUAUUUGUUGAAUCAGGUGAAUCAUGGCACAUGUUGAUUGCAAAAGCACCAAAAGAUUUUAGACCAUUGGUGGAAAUUUUAUUAGAAUGUACCGCAUAUGAAGAAGACUUGGAUAUUGUGAAGUAUACUUUCUAUUUCUGGUAUAAUUUGAAACAAGUUGUCACUAUUGAUAGAUUCAAACCUGCAAGAGAAGAAUUUUUAAACAUUUAUACCCAAUUAGUCCACAUCAUGAUCAAACAUCUGCAUUAUCCAGAUGGUAGUGAAACAGACCCAUUAUUUUCAAGUAAAGAAGAGGAAGAAAAAUUCAAAGAUUUUAGAUACGAUAUGGGUGAUGUUUUGAAAGAUUGUACUGCUGUUAUUGGUGCAUCAAAAGCUUUAACAAUUCCUUAUGAGCAAAUUAGAUCAAGUUUAAAUUCAUCAAAUGUCAAAUGGCAAGAUGUUGAAGCACCAUUGUUCAGUUUAAGAGCCAUGGCUAAAGAAGUGAGCUUGAAGGAAAAAGAAGUUUUACCUCAAAUUAUGGAAUUGUUGGUCCAAUUACCUGAAAAUGUUAAGAUUAGAUAUGCAGCUACCCUGGUUUUGGGUAGAUAUACUGAAUGGACAGCUAAACAUCCAGAACAAUUGGAAAAACAGUUGAACUAUAUCAUCAACGGAUUCCAAGCUGCAGAUGCAGAUAUUAUUACUGCAGCAUCACAUGCAUUAAUGUACUUUUGUCAAGAUUGUUCAAAAUUAUUGACAAAUUACAUUGAACAAUUAUACAAUUUCUACAUUAAUAUCUUUGGUUCACCAAUGGUUGAUCUGACAUCAUUUUAUGAAAUCACCGAAGGUAUUGCACAUAUCAUCAAUGCCCAAGAUUAUUCAAAUAUUGCAAGUGCUACAACAAUGUUUAUAAAACCAGUUUUGGAAAAAAUUAAUGGUUAUGUUAACGCAGAAGGUUCAGAAGAAGUUUAUAAAGCUAUUGCUGAACAAAUUGAAAUUGUUAGAAUCUUUUUGGAAUUUAUCAAACCUCGUGAUUUCCAUACACCUGAAGAUCCAGUUGCAAAUCUAGUGAUAGAAAUGUGGCCAAUGGUUAUUGGAUUAUUAGAUCAUCAUGGUCAUUCUAUGAAAGUUUCAGAACGUUGUAUGAAAUUUACAAAGACUGUUUUACAAACCUAUAAUGUGUUUUUAACACCUAUUUUACCAUCUGUUGCCAAUGCAUUGGUUAAAGGUUUCCAAGAAACAAGAUAUGGUUGUUAUUUAUGGGUUUCUGGUAUUGUUAUUAGAGAAUUUGGUGACGAAUAUUCCUCUGCUGAAAUUAAAGAAUCAGUGUGGAACUUUGCAUAUCAACAAAUUGGUACAUUUCUGGUUGUUUUCGAACAAGCUAAACCUAUUGAUAUUCCAGAUUUAAUUGAAGAUUUCUUUAGAAUGAUGAGUGAUAUUAUUAUGUUCUUUGUUACCAAUUUCGUCUUGUCAGAUAUCUUGGGCUCAACAUUUGAAGUUGCCUUAUUGGCUUUGGAUAUUGAAAAAUUUGAACCAUUAAUUGCCACAUUACACUUUUUGAUUGAUUUAGUCUCAUGGGGAUUUGAUGUACCACCAAUUUCAAUUUAUGAGAACGUUCCAGAAGAUGUUAAACUUACAGUCCAAAGAUUUGUUGGUCAACAUGGUGAUAGUUUAUUAAAACAUGUUUUACAUGGUUUAAUUUUCAAAUUCCCAGCAGAUGCACAUCCAGAUGCUUCUGAUUUAUUAGGCAAAACACUCAGAUUAUCACCAUCACCACAAACUGCGGUUAAUUGGAUAAAUAUUGCACUAGAUGCAUUACCACAAAACACUGUUUCAGAUCAAGAACGUAAUAAAUUGGUCACCACUAUUUCAAGUGCUUUGGUUUCAAAAGAUAAUAGAAGAAUUAGAACAAGUUUGAAAGAUUUUGUCACUUGGUAUUCAAGAAAAAACAUUACACCAAGAUUUCAAAAUUAA